GAGAGAGCUUGAAAGAAGAAGAAGAAGAAUAUAAAAGCAUCUACUUCGUACAACUUUCAGAUCUACAUGGUUUCAUGCUGAGGCAAGAUUGACUCAAGUACAACCAACUCAUACCGGAAAGCGAUGAAUCCCAAAGAAAGAAAUAUUCCAGAAUAAACACGUGAGUUUCCAAAGAAGUAAAGAGAUGAGACACCGCAAGUGAGAUUAUCGUUGCGUAUCAAUAAUCCCAAAUCUACACGCCUCGUCGUCGACACAACAUCAUCAAGCUUGCCUCAAAUCCAAGAACCAAAUGAUUCUGCACCUACCAUAGCAACUCUAGAGUUGAACAUCCAUACACACCAGAACCCCGAAACCGCGAUAAAACAAAACAUUGAAGAACCACACUCCAAAGUAAGAGAUCUCGAGAGGCCUCCACAAUAUCACGCGUCCGUCACAACCAUCCAAAUCCAACAAAACGUGCACUCACACGUGACCCCCCUCGCAUUCGUUCACCAAAACAGCAAAGCGUCUUCCAGUGUCCGCUCGACCAAUCGAAUCCCUGUAUAUCUCUCUAACCGAAAUACAUUCUUCUCAAUGCAUACGGAUCAACAUCAGCACUCUUCAAUAUACGCGCAGCAACAUGGAAUGGAUGACGCAUUACUCACUUCAAACAAUCUAAUUGCUCCGUGCAACACAUGGAGAAUCCCAAGAAGGAAAUGUAGAAGUUGUUAGUGCAGCUACAAGGCUGAGUACCUGGGUAGCGUUACUCCUAAUCCCAGGUAACGUGUAUGUUCUGAAAACGGAGGGGUAUUGCGAUGAUGAAUUUCUCGAGUAUAUAUAUGAGUAUCUGGAUCGAGAGUUUUCAUCUCCCCCUUCACCUUUUAAGCUUUACAAUUCCCAAGUGUUUCGACCCUGUUAUAAAAUUUUCUCCCGACGUUCCAUACUCAGUUCUCCUUAUAUACUAUCACAUUACAUCUUUCUUCACAUAACCAUCUAUCCAUGUCUUUCAUAAUCGAAGGGGCAAUAAAAGGCAUCGCAGCCGGUAUUGGUCUCGCGUCCGAGAGUGUGCACGCCCAUAAAGCAAAGAAAGCCAGUAAAGUUCAUUCUCCAUCUCCACAAGCAUUCAGUGGUGAGGACAUUCAAUCUCGAUCAUCUAGCUCCAAUGCCUUGAGAAUCUCGCAUGAAGAUCCCAUGGCCGUAAUGUGCAGUUCUCCACCCGAAGAAAACGAUGAACAGAUUUGGGAGUUAGAUGCUGCACAAGAUGAGCUUGCACUCGAACACGAGAUCGCUGUCUCUCCGCCCCACGAGACGCACCAAGUUUCCCCCUCAGACCUUACGGUACAGGAAAUCGAAGCAGAUGAUCAAGGCCCCCAAGGAAAAGAAAAACACACUGUUUUCAUGAAAGUAUUCGUCUCCCGCUUCAUUGCCAAAUAUCCCGCCCCUCAAUAUCCAUCAUCCCAUUCCAUCACCAACCGACUCCCCCUUCCCGUCAUUCUCCCCCAACGCCGACCCAAAAGCCGUUCUCGAGGCUUCAUCCACGCCUAUGCUCCUCUCCUCCAAGACUGUGAUAUCUCCGAGGCCAUGUGGCUUGAUUUCCUGCGUACAUUUAACGAAGCAACCCAAGCCUCCCCUUGGAUCCAAUGCAUAAAUUUUGCCGGGUUGGCCGCGCAUGGAGUUGCUCCCGGCGUUGCUAUCGCUGUUCAGAUAGCGAUUGCAGUUGCUAUCAAAACUGCAAAUGAGAUUCAUUCUCGUCAACGAACAAAUUCAUUCCUGGACGCGAUGAAUAACCAAUUCUUUCGUCCUCGUGGUCUGUAUGCAUUGGUAUUGACUUGGAAUCCAGAUGAUGGAAGUCAUACGAGUAUGGUUGAUAUGACAUCCACCAUUUCAAAAUCAAUUGAUCCACAAACUGGAGAAUCAAAAACCAGGAAUAAAUUUCAUACGUCAUCCGGAAACACAUAUGGUGAUUUCGAGUUUCCAGAAGCUGCACCUCUUAUUUUUCCGGCUCUCGAUGCGACUUUAGCAAAUACGGGAUCAGAGGAAGAAGAAAAACUCAAGGAAAAGUUGAAAAGGAAAGGAAAUUUUGUAUCUGAUUACAUGGAUCGAAGAGCACGAGCGCAAUACGCAGCGCAUAAUCCCAAUAGCUUUUUGUCGACUGGGCCAAAGGAGAAGUUUACGAGUCGGUAUGCGGAUCCGAAUCACCCGGCGAGUAGUGGAAAUCCAUGGAGCUUGAUUACAGGUGGUAAGUUUAAUCCACCUAUGGGGAAAGACUUGGUGGCUGCUAGAAUGGGAGGAGGGGGGUUUGGUGGAAGAGGUGGAGGACUAGGUGGACUUGGUGCCGUCUUCGGUAGCGAGCGUUCCGAGUUAGGUAGGAGACAAGCACAAUCAGAUGGCAGAAUAGGUCGACAGCGUGGAGGUAAUGAAGAACAGCAGCAGCACAGAAAUAACCCAAGAGGAAUGAACAGCUUCGGGGGACUUGGAGGGUUUGGUGGCCCUGAUAUCAUAACGAAGGGAGUUAAGAAGAUUCUGGGUAACGUGAGUACUGCCUAGUUCAACAAGUUGAAUGCAAGAGAGUGAUUGCUAAUAAACAUCACAGAAUAUUCUAUAUCUCGUGGUAGUAAACAUGCCAAGCGAUGAAGAAAUUGCAACGGCUAGCGCGCAGAUCAGAAGUUGGGGUGUUUGAAAAUUUGGGGUUGUAAUAUUGUAUACGACAUGCAGAAGCGAUACUUGUGAGGGGCAAGACAGAUGCAAUUGAGAAGAAGAGUAUAUUUGCUUUAAAAAAUCGAGUUCAAUCUAUCA